AUGGCCGCAGUAGGCCCAACCGGGCUGGGCAACGCCGGUGGAGCAGACAACUUCAUCGCUUCCCAGCACCCGCCACGCGCUGACGACGACCAGACGCGCCCGCAAACCGCUGUCAACUCCGAGACGCCCUCGCUCGAAAGCACCGACCACCACGUCGAUGUCGCCGAUGCCGAACGCCAGUUCAACGAGCUCGAGCGCCAGCUCUCGUCCAAACAAGGCAAGGAUGCCGAUCUCGAGAAGCACGAGCAAUUCGACCUGCGUGAAUGGCUCUCGGGUGCCCAGGAGCAGGCCGACCAGAUGGGCAACCGUCGCAAGAAACUCGGAGUCUCCUGGUCCGACCUGCGCGUCAUCGGCACUGCCUCGCGCGACUUCAACGUGCCCACCAUCCCGUCGAUGGCACUCUUUGAGGUGAUCGGCCCCAUCUUCUCCAUCCUCAAGCUCUUUGGCAUCGACCCGGCCAAGAGCAAGACGCGCGACCUGCUUCAGGGCUUCAACGGCUGCGCCAAACCGGGCGAGAUGGUGCUCGUCAUUGGACGUCCCAACUCUGGAUGCUCCACUUUUCUCAAGACCAUCGCCAACAAGCGCAAUGGCUUCAUCGACACCCAGGGCGAAGUGCACUACGGCGGCAUCGGCGCCAAGGAGAUGGCCAAACGCUACUUGGGUGAGGUCGUCUACUCGGAGGAAGACGACCAGCACCACGCCACGCUCACCGUGGCGCGCACCAUCGACUUUGCGCUCCGUCUCAAGGCGCAUGCCAAGAUGCUGCCAGACCACACCCAAAAGACGUACCGCAAGUUGAUCCGCGACACGUUCCUCAAGAUGGUCAACAUUGAGCACACCAAGCACACUCUCGUUGGCAGUGCUACCGUCCGCGGUGUCUCGGGUGGUGAGCGCAAGCGUGUGUCCAUCCUCGAAGGUCUCGCUUCCGGUGCCAGUGUCUUCUCGUGGGACAACUCGACGCGUGGUCUCGACGCCAGUACCGCGCUCGACUAUGUCAAGAGCAUGCGUGUCAUCACCGAUCUGCUUGAGGCCACCAUGUUCGUCUCGCUCUACCAGGCCUCCGAGGGCAUCUGGGAGCAGUUUGACAAGGUCCUCGUCAUCGACGAAGGUCGCUGCGUCUACUAUGGUCCGCGCUCCGAGGCGAGACAGUAUUUCAUCGGUCUCGGUUUUGCGGAUCGUCCUCGUCAGACAUCGGCCGAUUACAUUACGGGAUGUACGGAUAAGUAUGAGCGCAUCUUCCAGGAGGGACGCGACGAGAGCAAUGUGCCCAGCAGCCCGGAGGCGCUGGAAGCUGCGUACAAGAGCAGCCGCUUCUACGCGCAGGCGAUCGAGGAGAGGCAGGCGUUUGACGCUGUGGCCACUGCCGAUGCGCAGGCCACGAAGGACUUCAAGGCGGCCGUCGUCGAGUCCAAGCAUCGCGGUGUGCGUGCCAAGUCGCAGUACACCGUGUCGUACGUCGGCCAGGUCAAGGCGCUGUGGCUGCGCCAGAUGCAGAUGAUCCUCGGCGACAAGUUUGACAUCUUCAUGUCGUAUGUCACUGCCAUCACCGUUGCGCUGCUUACGGGAGGUAUCUUCUUCCACCUGCCCACUACGUCCGCUGGUGUCUUCACUCGCGGUGGUUGUCUCUUCAUCCUGCUCCUCUUCAACGCGGUCAGUGCGUUUGCCGAACUGCCGACGCAGAUGCUCGGUCGACCCAUUCUGGCGCGUCAGACGAGCUUCGCCUUCUAUCGCCCGUCGGCGCUGACGCUGGCGCAGCUGCUGGCCGACUUGCCGUUUGGUGUUCCGCGUGCGACGCUCUUUGUCAUCAUUCUGUACUUCAUGGCCGGCCUGGACCGCAGUGCUGGUGCCUUCUUCAUCGCGUGGAUCAUCGUGCUCAUUGCGUACUACGCUUUCCGUGCGCUGUUCAGCUUCUUUGGCGCGAUCACGACCAACUUCUACUCGGCGGCGAGGCUGGCGGCCAUUGUCAUGUCGACACUCGUACUGUGGGCAGGAUAUGUGAUCCCGCAGGCGGCGAUGCGCAGGUGGCUCUUCUGGAUUUCGUACAUCAACCCGGUGUUCUACGCCUUCGAGGCGUUGAUGAUCAACGAAUUUAAGCGCAUCACGUUCACGUGCGAAGGCGCGCAGAUUAUUCCUUCUGGCCCGGGGUACCCGACGACUUUGACGGACAACCAGAUCUGCACUCUGGCCGGCGCGACGCCGGGAACGAACCAGGUCCCCGGUAUCGACUAUCUCACCGCGAGCUUCGGCUACGAGGCCAGCCAUCUUGGACGCAACAUUGGCAUCUUGAUCGCUUUCCUCCUCGGAUUCGUCGGUAUCACCGCGCUGGUCGUCGAAAAGAUGGACCAGGGCGCCUUCGCCUCGGCUAUGGUCGUCAAGAAGCCCCCCAACAAGGAGGAGCAGCAGCUCAACCAGAAGCUGUCCGACCGUCGUUCCGGCGCUACCGAGAAGACGGAAGCCAAGCUCGAGGUGUAUGGUCAGGCGUUCACGUGGUCCAACCUGGAGUACACUGUGCCCGUGCAGGGCGGACAUCGCAAGCUGCUCGACAAGGUGUACGGAUACGUCAAGCCGGGUCAGAUGACGGCGCUGAUGGGAUCGAGUGGUGCCGGUAAGACGACGCUGCUGGAUGUGCUGGCGGACCGCAAGACGAUCGGAGUCAUCAGUGGUGACAGGUUGAUCGAGGGCAAGCCCAUCGAUGUGUCGUUCCAGCGUCAGUGUGGUUAUGCGGAGCAGCAGGACAUUCACGAGCCCAUGUGCAGUGUUCGUGAAGCCCUGCGCUUCUCGGCCUACCUGCGUCAGAGCCACGACAUUCCGCAAGCCGAGAAGGACCAGUACGUCGAGGACAUCAUCGAGCUGCUCGAGCUGUCGGAUAUCGCCGACGCCAUCAUUGGCUACCCUGGAUUCGGUCUCGGCGUAGGUGACCGCAAGAGGGUGACGAUCGGCGUCGAACUGGCAGCCAAGCCUUCGAUGCUUUUGUUCCUCGACGAGCCUACAUCCGGUCUGGAUGGACAGUCGGCGUUUACGAUCUGCCGACUGCUGCGCAAGCUGGCGGACAACGGACAGACGAUCCUGUGCACCAUCCACCAGCCUUCCGCCUUGCUGUUCGAGACGUUUGACCGUUUGCUGCUGCUCGAGCGUGGCGGUAAGACGGUGUACUCUGGACCCAUCGGCAAGGAUGGCAAGCAUGUGAUUGACUAUUUCUCUAAACGUGGUGCACAGUGCCCGCCGGGAGUCAACCCCGCCGAGUACAUGCUGGAUGCAAUCGGAGCGGGAAGCCAGCCUCGUGUAGGCGACCGUGACUGGGCGGACUGGUACCUGGAAUCGGACGACCAUCAGGACAACCUGCGCAUGAUCGAGCAGAUCAAUCGCGAGGGCCAGGCCAAGCCCAAGACCGAGGAGCGUUCGAGCGAGUACGCCGCCCCCUGGACGUACCAGUUCAAGGUGGUGCUCAAGAGGACCAUGCUGAGCACGUGGCGUCAACCGGCGUACCAGUACACACGAUUCUUCCAGCACUUGGCAUUUGCGCUUCUGACAGGACUGUUGUUCUUGCAGCUGGGCAACAACGUGGCUGCCCUGCAGUACCGACUGUUCGUGAUCUUCAUGCUGGCCAUCAUUCCGGCGAUCAUCAUGGCGCAGAUCAUGCCUUUCUGGAUCAUGUCGAGGUCGAUCUGGAUCCGUGAAGAGACGAGCAAGACGUUUGCCGGUACCGUGUUUGCGUCGACGCAGCUCAUCUCGGAAGUGCCCUACGCUCUGGUGUGCGGUACGGUGUUCUUUGUGCUGAUCUACUACCUGGCGGGCUUCAACACGGAGUCGGGCCGCGCGGCCUACUUCUGGAUCAUGACGUUCCUGCUCGAGAUGUUUGCGAUUUCGAUCGGCACGAUGAUCGCAUCGUUCUCGAAGUCGGCCUACUUUGCGUCGUUGUUCGUACCGUUCCUGACGAUUGUGCUGAACUUGACGUGCGGUAUCCUGUCGCCGCCGCAGAGCAUGUCGAGCUCGCUGUACAGCAAAUUCUUGUACAACGUCAACCCGAUCCGCUUCACCAUCUCGCCGCUGAUCGCCAACGAGCUUCACGGCUUGAAGAUCCAGUGCGCCGCCAACGAGUUUUCGCGCUUCACUCCGCCGAGUGGACAGACGUGUGCGCAGUGGGCGGGUAACUACGUGGACAGGAUCGGCGGUUACCUGCAGAACCCGACGGCGACCGCAGAUUGCCUGUACUGCACCUACGCCGACGGCGACGAGUUCUACAGUGCGUUCGGAAUUACUUUCAGCGAACGUGGUCGUGAUGCGGGCAUCUUGGUCGCCUUUGUGGUGUUCAACUGUGUUGCGACGAUUCUGUUUACCAAGCUGUUCCGCUUCAGCAACCGUUGA